AUGGCACAGAGGUUACUCACCGCUGUAGCUUCUACGCUUUUCAAGGUGACUCAUGACGUUUUUCCGACAUUGACUACCGCACUACUACAGCUAUACAGAUGUUUACCAACUACAUACCUACAGUUAUUGUUCGCCAUGUAUGUAUCCAGUGAUACAUUCACACACAGUUGUACAAGUUUGAACUGCACUACAAGUGUUACCCAUCGUAAACAAAUAAAAUUUAUUGCGCACCACGUAAUAAGGCUGAGUAAAUACGGGGUGGAAAACAACUGUAUUCUUACUGUCACAACUAUUUUGAUCAACGUCCAGACUACAUUAGUGUUAUUGAAAGCAUAUUGCGCCGCUAGCUACGAUGUAAACACGAUGAAUCUUGUCACCAAACUUUAG